AUGGAGCCUUCAGCUGAUCCAGAGAAGAAGCUGCUGAACAAUGGCAAGAUCACAAAUUAUCCGGCAUCCAAGUACAACGAGAGGGGCCAGUGGGACAACAAGAGGGAGUUCAUUUUAACAGUAGUUGGACAAAUCAUCGGUCUGGGCAACGUCUGGAGGUUUCCAUAUCUGUGCUUCAAGAAUGGAGGAGGAGUUUUCUUGGUCCCCUACGUUCUGAUCCUGCUCUCCUGUGGAAUCCCCAUCUUCUUCCUGGAGCUGUCUGUGGGACAGUUAACUGGUCAGGGUGGAGUCACCUGCUGGAGGAAAAUAUGCCCUUUAUUUGAAGGUUUAGGCUAUGGCAAUCUAAUGAUUAUGUUUUACACUUCGAUGUACUACAUCGUCAUUCUGGCUUGGGCCUUCCUCUACUUCUUCUCCUCCUUCCACACGGUGCUGCCCUGGGCCAGCUGCAACAACACCUGGAACACAGAGGACUGCAUUGACUAUGGCCAGAAUGAUUCGUUUUACAGCGCCGUCAAUCCAAAUGCGACAUCUUCAGUUAAAGAGUUCUGGCAGAGGAGAGUUCUGGGUUUGUCUGGAGGUCUCGAGGAGAUGGGUGACAUGCGCUGGGACCUGGCUGGCUGUCUCCUACUAGGAUGGAUUAUCUGUUACUUCUGUAUCUGGAAUGGAGUCAAGACGUCCGGAAAGGUGGUCUACUUUACAGCCACGUUCCCCUACGUGAUGCUGAUCGUGUUGCUGAUCCGAGGUGUGACGUUGCCAGGAGCUGCAGAUGGAAUUCAGUUUUACCUUUCCCCUGAUCCAACACGUCUAGCUGAUCCUCAGGUGUGGAUGGAUGCUGGGAGCCAGAUAUUGUUCUCCUAUGCCGUCUGCUCAGGCUGUCUGCCAGCUAUGGGAAGUUAUAAUAAAUACAGCAACAACUGCUACAAAGACGCCUUUGCCUUGUGCACACUGAACAGUUUGACCAGCUUCUUCGCCGGCUUUGCGGUCUUCUCCGUCCUCGGCUUCAUGUCGUACGAGCUGGGCGUCGACAUCUCCACAGUGGCCGAAUCAGGUCCCGGCCUCGCCUUCAUCGCGUACCCUCGAGCCGUCGCCUUGAUGCCUUUACCACAGCUCUGGGCUGCCUUCUUUUUUGUCAUGGUCGUCUUUCUUGGCCUGGACAGUCAGUUUGUGUAUCUGGAAGGCCUGGUUACGUCCGUAUCAGACAUGUACCCGGCGUUCUUCUUCACCGGCCACCGACGUAAAGUCCUCCUGCUUAUCAUCUGUCUGGUCUGCUUUGUUACUGGCCUGUUUAUGGUCACUGAGGGGGGACUUUAUGUGUUUCUGCUGUUCGACUACUACGCUUGCAGUGGAAUGCCCAUCAUGUUUUUUGGCAUUCUGGAGACUGUUUGUGUGGGAUGGAUGUUUGGUGCUGAUCGUUAUUACGGCAAAGUAAAGGAAAUGAUUGGCUACCGCCCCUCCCCUUACAUGAAGUACUGUUGGAGGUUCCUGACACCGUCUGUCUGCGUUGGAAUACUGCUUUUCUCUCUCCUCAAGUUCACCCCUCUGAGAUACAACAACACCUACGUCUACCCCUGGUGGGGCUAUGCCAUCGGGAUAUUUCUUGCAUUAUCUUCAGUUCUUCUGACUCCUCUGUAUUUCCUCUACCGUAUGGCCGUAACCCCAGGAACGAUGAGGCAGAGACUGGAAACACUGUGCACUCCAGCAGCAGAGCUCCUUCAUCCAAGGAAGACUCCUGACCACGAACCACCUCUGUCUGAUGCAGAGCUGUGUGCCCUGAACAUGACUGAAAAACCCAAAGGUGUCCCUGUUGAAGAAGCUGAUCGUGCUUUAUGCUGCAGCAGACCUGAUGACAGCGUCGACACGAAGGCCUGAGCUGCAGUUUGUUCAAAGCUUCAGUAACAUGUCUCAACACAGACGAGCUCAGUUCAGGAGCUCCUUACCUCCUGUCUCCAUCAUCCUGUGUUAUGUUUUUA